CAUUCACCAUUCACCAUCCAGAAACACCCAUUUGGAGAUGCCUCGCGCUAGGUAGAGCCCUCUCGCCAAAUAUCUAGGGUCUGCUACUUCAGCCCGCCUCUCUCCCCCAACACCUUCGCUCCAAACGAACACGUCGCCUGUCGCCGUCACCAUGUCUGCGCCAGGCCCCAUCAUGGAGCUCAUAGGCAAGACUGCCUUCGCCUUCGACCAGAUCCAACCGCUUCUACCAACCUACACCCAUCUCCUCGUGUCGGCGCUCUUCCCCAUCUACGCUGGCGCUCACUCGUCGCUCACCCGCCCCGCAUCCGCCGCUAAACCUCCCAAACGCAAAAAGCACGCCGACGAUGAGAGCGCAGAGGACAACAAGGAGGAAGAGGACAAUGAGCAGAAGAUGGAGGGGCUCUCACCCAGCGACGCCCUCAUGUUCCCUAUCAUGGCGGGCGUCACGCUGACAGGUCUGUAUUUCCUCAUCAAGUGGAUGGACAAUGCAGAACUGCUCAACAAGAUUCUGAACGGCUACUUUGCCUUUUUCGCCAUCUUCAGCGUUUCGCGCUUCAUCACCGACGGUCUUGACUUCAUCCACUGCGUCGUCUUUCCCCGCGUCUACAGGGAUCAGGGUUUGGAGUACGAAGUCCACAACUCCAAGCGCAAUGCCAUCCCGGCCGACAGCAACGAACUCCACAAGCAAUUGCAAGCUGGAAGGAAAAAUGACGAUAUCAUCCGUACAUCGCCGUUGCCUGGAGCGCUGAGUCGCUUUCUGCUUCCAACGUCCGCCAAGUCUGCUCUCUGGGCUUUCCGCAGGUUGCCCUACCAGAAAUGGACGGUUAAGACGCACAUCCACGGCAUCUUCUCUGCGCGCGCACAAAUCGGCCUUCAUGGGGUUCUUGGAUUCCUUUUCGGUCUUGCGGCGGUAGCCUGGUUCAACUUCGUCUCGAAGCCCUGGUUCUUGACUAACCUUCUCGGCUUCGCCUUCAGCUAUGGCGCCAUGCAAUUACUGUCGCCUACCACAUUCGGCACUGGCACGCUCCUUCUUUCAGCGCUGUUCUUCUACGACAUCUACAUGGUCUUCUUCACGCCGAUGAUGGUCACCGUGGCAAAGAGCCUUGACAUCCCGAUUAAGCUCGUGUUCCCGCGCCCUUCGGUGCCGAGCCCAGUCGAGGGCCGUCCGCCAAUCAAGCAGCACGCGAUGCUGGGCCUCGGCGACGUUGUGAUCCCGGGCAUCAUGAUCGGUCUCGCCCUACGCUUUGAUUUGUAUAUGUUCUACCUGCGCAAGCAGCGCCGCGUCGAAGCCGAGCAGGACAAGCCCGCCGAGACACAAAAGGCCAAGUACGUCUCCGUCUCGAACCGCUGGGGCGAGGCUCUCUGGAACGUUGGCCCCACUCCCGGCAGCUUUCCGCGCCCGUACUUUAGGGCCAGCUUGGUGGGCUACGUUCUCGGCAUGCUGGCCACGCUGGCGGCAAUGCAGAUUGCGAACCACGCGCAGCCGGCACUGCUGUACCUCGUGCCGGGCGUGCUGCUUGCGAUUUGGGGCACCGCGUUGGUGCGGGGCGAGGUCAAGGACGUGUGGAACUGGAGCGAGGCGGACGAAGACACGGAAGAGCAGGGCGACGCGAAGGAUAAGAAGGACGCCUCGAGCAGGAAGAGCAUCUUCUCGGCCGAGCGCACCAAGGACAUGGAACACAGGCUGGAGAAAGCGGCGGGCAAGUACGUCGAAGUGGACGAGACGAGCACCGCGCACGACGAUGACGACGACGCCGCCGCCGCCGCCAAGAACGAGAAACGCACCAAAGCGGCCAAGCACGCGAAGAAGCGCAACGCUGCCUCCGCCGGCCCGGACCGCACGCUCUUCGCCUUCAGCAUCACGGCGCCGUUCGCCCUCUCGUCUCCGAAGCGCAGGUCUUCCAACGCGGCCGACGCUUCCGCUGGCGCUGACAACGACGACGCCUCUUCACGCCCUAGCUCCUCGGGCAGUAGUGCUGCUGGCGGCGGCUUGAGACGCAGGAAUUGGCAGGCGGGCACGCCGGGCAAGGGCGAGGGCGCGGGGGUUUGGGAGGGCGAGGGCGAGGUGCCGAUUGGGAAGCGUAGGAGGACGAGUUAGGUGAGGGGUUUGAGAGGGUUUGAGAGGGAUGGGUUGGGCGUUUUGGUGGUUGGCUGGCUGGUUUGCUUGCGGGUUUGAUUGCUU